GCUCAGCUAGGUUAUCUUCAUGGCUCCCCUACUCCGUCGAAGGACACAUAUAUCCUGCUUUUUCUGCCAGUCUCUCCUCGACCCCACUCCUCUGAACCCAAACUCAUUCAAAUGCCCUCAAUGCGACUGCUGGAACCGAUACAACUCCAAGGGCGAAAUCAUGGCCGAUGAGCCUGCCAUGCGUGAUGAAUCCCUUAACAGACGGUCUUUUGCUCGGAGAGCUUCGCCGAGAAAGGAUCGUCUGCCAAGUACCUUUGGGAGUGCGCCAUUCUGUAACACUUGUCAGUCUAACCAGCGGCUUAUCAUGAACUUGCUUUCGAGUUAUCUACCCUCUUCCGAUGAUCCGGACUACGGGCGAAGACUGGAGACGUACGAUGAAUACGAAGCAUCGGUGCACAAGCGCUAUAGACCCGUUUGCGAGAGAUGUCAGCCGCUAGUCGAGGAGGAAAUCCGUAAAAACGAUGCUCUGGCAAGAUCGAAGGUGUUGGGCGGUUGGUUGCGCGUUUCCAACCCUUCGCAGAAGCGUAUACCUCGUUCCUUGGGAGAGAGGGCCAAGAUGGAGAAAGAUAUACGGUUAUGGAAGGUCAGAGGGCUGUUGUGCAUGACGACGUUGGGCUUAGUUUUGGCUGGAGAUUUAGCAGGUGCUCUGCGCUACCAGUUACCCCAAUCACCAAGAUGGACACUUGCUAUCCGCUCGUUUCCCUUGCUCGUCCUGCUCUCCAUAUUAUGGACAAUGUGGGAACCAACAUGGGCCCGACUACGGCGUGACGAGUUUCAAGGUCGGAAGAGCACUGUAGAAGGGAAGGGCAUGCAUAGAGCCCUACAGCUCGUAGCUUGGCUCAAAAGGCUGACUAUAUCUAUUAUCCUGGCUGCAUCCACAUUCAACAGCGUUCCGGAUUACUUGGAAGUCUACACACAACCACCCUCUCUAUUUCGACGUGCCCUAUUCGCUUCAUUCCUAACAUGCGAACUAUCAAUUGCCAUCUACAGCUACUCAUCCCUCCACCUCAGCCGCUCCCCCUCAAUCCGCCUCAUUGACGACAACCACAGUCGUCCCUCCACACCCUCCUCCAGCCACUCCUCCUCCGGCUUCCCCGCCUCAAAAUCAGCAUCCUUACCACGUCCCUCCUCCUCCCGUUCCUCUGCUCCUCCCAUACCUUCCUACGACGACGACGACUCUCUCCUCGACUCCCUCUCCUUCUCUUCCUCCCACCUCCCAAUCGCAUCCUCAUCCUCAUCCACCCGCCACCUGAACCCCAUAUUCGGCGUCCCGUCAUUCGAGCGCGCAUCAUCCAAAGCUCGUUCAGAACCCCCUAUGGGCGAUCCGGACGCUAUGGACUGGCAGCCGACGACUCCCGCGCGUCUACGUGCAGGAGCAAACGGAGGAGCGUUCCAAAGCCCUAUAUCCCCAUUAUCAUCCCGAAUGGGUCCGAGUAACUCUUGGGCGGCGUGGGGUAACGCGAACGGCAACGGGAAUGGGAACGGAGGGUUCGACGAAGCGACGGGGUUGGAGAACUUACUCGCACGUACGAACCUUGCCGAUCUCGACGGUUCGGGUGGGUUUGGUGGUGGUGGUAGUGGUGGUGGUAGUAGGUGGGGCGGUGGUGGUGGCGGCGGUGUGGGAGGGAGAGGAGGAAGAGGAAGGACGGGGCGGCAGACUCGGAGAGGGAGAGGGGGGAGAGGACAAGAGUUCGAGUGGCGGUGGGUUUAUGUGGCAUCUCUUGUGCCGUUGACGGUCGCGGCAUAUAUUGCGUGGCGGAACGUUCGGGGUACGUACGAGUAUUGAGUAAGGUUUGUAUAUAGUUUA